AUGCCUCUUUCAAUCUUCACUUUCUUCUUCUUCCUUUUCCUCUUCAAUCUUCAACCUUCAACUUCCCAACAACAAUUCAAAUCCUUCAACGCCUCACUCUCACCAUGGCGUCCCUCCCAAAACCGAACCCUCACCUCACCAAACUCCAACUUCACUGCUGGUUUUUUUCCCAUACAAAACUCAUCAAACCUCUUCACUUUCUCAAUAUGGUUCUCCAAAAUCCCUCCAUCCUCAGACCCUGUCAUCUGGAGCUUCUCAGAAAAACUCAACUCGUCUUCCUCUCUCAUCAUAACCUCAAAAGGUGAACUCUUGCUCAACAAUCUUUCCUUUGUUGUUAAUGAUAAUUCUUCCAAUUCCACACAACUUGUUCUUCAUGAUAAUGGAAACCUUGUGUUUGGAAACUGGACUAGUUUUUCAAAUCCGACUAACACUAUCUUACCAAACCAGAACAUUACUGGAAUUGAAAUUGUUUCAAGUAAUAAAAAGUUCAAGUUUGUUAAAUCUCAGAAUUUGAUUCUCAAUGAUGAUUCUUCAUCAACUCAGUACUAUAGUACACCUAGUGCUUUGUUGUUUAUGGAUGAUGCUGGAAAAAUGAGUAUGCAAAGUAACUCUUUUCUCACUUCUGAUUUUGGUGAUUCUAGGUUUAGGAAACUUGUUCUUCAUGAUGAUGGAAAUUUGAGAAUUUAUAGUUUUUAUCCUGAACAGAAAAACACUUGGGUUAUUGUUUGGUUAGCAAUUUGGGAAAUGUGUAAAAUCAAAGGAAAGUGUGGACCUAAUUCAAUUUGUAUGCCUAGAGAAGAUUUCUACAAUUCUACUUUUUGUGUUUGUCCUUCUGGAUUUGAGCCUCUUGAAGGUGGGAGUGAAGUUGGUUGUAAGCCGAAAAUUCCGCUUACGAUUACAAGUAACACUCAUUUUCUUAGGCUUGAUUAUGUAAACUAUACGAGUAGCGGUUCGAUGAAUCAAAUCUAUGCUUUAAACUAUACAAUUUGUGAAGCAAGUUGUAGAAGAAACUCGAGCUGUCUUGGAUUUGGAUUCAAAUAUGAUGGAUCGGGCUACUGUGUUUUGUUACACGGUAAAGAGCUUCGAUAUGGUUUAUGGUCGCCGGGGACUGAGCUUGCUUUGUUUUUGAAAGUUGAUCAGAAGGAAUCUGAAGGUUCGAAUUUCAUUGGUAUGACGGAAGUGAUGCAGACGACUUGUCCUGUGAGGAUAAGUUUGCCUUUACCGCCGAAGGAUUCGAACACUACGACGAGAAAUAUUGUGAUUAUAUGCACGCUUUUUGCGGCGGAACUUAUUGCUGGUGUGGCUUUCUUUUGGUCUUUCCUUAAGAGGUAUAUCAAGUAUAGGGACAUGGCUACUACAUUAGGUCUUGAGCUUUUACCUGCAGGUGGGCCGAAACGGUUUACCUACUCGGAGAUCAAAGCCGCGACUAAUGAUUUCUCGAAUCUCAUUGGGAGAGGAGGGUUUGGAGAUGUUUACAAAGGUGAGUUGCCGGAUCAUCGUGUAGUCGCGGUGAAGUGCUUAAAGAAUGUUACAGGGGGUGAUGCCGAGUUUUGGGCAGAAGUUACUAUCAUUGCAAGGAUGCAUCACUUGAACUUGGUUCGGCUUUGGGGCUUCUGCGCCGAGAAAGGUCAAAGGAUACUUAUUUAUGAAUACAUCCCGGGUGGAUCUUUGGAUAAGUAUCUCUUUAGAGUGAAAUCUCGUAAGGGUAGUGGUGAAUCUGAAUCUGAACAAAGUCAUGAUAAUGGUUCAAAUCCAAGUACCUUAGAGAAACCUGUUUUGGAUUGGAACAUGAGGUAUAGAAUUGCUCUUGGUAUGGCUAGGGCGAUCGCGUAUCUUCACGAGGAAUGUUUGGAAUGGGUUUUGCAUUGUGAUAUAAAGCCGGAGAACAUUCUCUUAGGCGAUGAUUGUUGUCCUAAGAUAUCAGAUUUUGGAUUGGCGAAACUGAGGAAAAAAGAAGACAUGGUGACUAUGUCAAGAAGGCGAGGAACUCCUGGCUAUAUGGCACCGGAAUGGAUAACAGCGGAUCCAAUAACUUCAAAAGCCGAUGUCUAUAGUUUCGGUAUGGUGCUGUUGGAGCUUGUGAGCGGAGUGAGGAACUUCGAGAUUCAAGGAUCUGUGGUGAGGAGUGAUGAAUGGUAUUUUCCGGGAUGGGCUUUCGAUAAGAUGUUUAAGGAAAUGAGAGUUGAAGAAAUUCUUGAUAGUCAAAUUUCGCAUGCUUAUGAUAGUAAAUCGCACUUUCAGUUAGUUAAUAGAAUGGUGAAGACUGCAAUGUGGUGUUUGCAGGAUAGGCCUGAGGCAAGGCCAACAAUGGGGAAGGUAGCUAAGAUGAUUGAAGGGACUGUGGAGAUCAUGGAACCUAAGAAACCAACUGUUUUCUUCCUUGGAGAAGAGUAG